UUAGACAAACAUAUACCUAUAUAAAGAAGUUCAACUUGACAGUAAACAGUAAAAUAGGGUGAGUUGUCAGCUACCAGAUCACCAUGCAGGCUUUCAGAGGCGUGUGUGCCGCAGUCAUCGCGGUCCUCUUGGUUUCAGUGAACACCGGCGUGCGUGGUCAGCAAAUGCCCCAGUACUACGCCGGCGGCUACUACGGUCAGCCCUAUGGCUUGAACUACGGUCAGCCCUAUGGCUUGAACUACGGUCAGCCCUAUGGCUUGAACUAUGGUGCACCACAGUACUACGGCGGAGGAAGCCAUUUCGGUUACCCAGGCUACAGUGGUUAUCCAUCCUACGCCGGAUACCCGUAUUACCCCGGGCAAAAUACUAACCAUGGUUACCCUGGUUACUAUCCUGGAUAUCCAACAUAUCCGUCGUAUCCACCUACUGGUGGCCAUCACAGUUACCCAGGGUAUCCGUCUUACCCCGGCUAUCCGUCGUAUCCGGGGUAUCCACCUAACAGCCAAUACUGCUACUACUAUCCCGAAUACUGCAGCAGCAUAUAUGGGCAAAACCCUGGGACCCCUACUACCCCUACUACCUAAAAUAGACGGUUAGUACCAAGCGAAAAAUUGAAAGGGCGGGCACCUUCAAGCGCGAGCGAUAAAGAAAAAACGUUACACAAGAAGUGCAGCACAUUCCUAGUGGAAAAAGAGCAGUAUACACAUUUCUAUUAAGUCGUUAGUUUUUUAGGCUCAUCCGUUCCCUAACACCAAAAGAAGGGGAUAUAGCGUUUUUCACAGUACUACAGGAGAACGAUGCAUACUAAAACAUUAAUGUUCCCUGUGUUUACUAGUAUGUUUGAGACGGUAAGAAGCAUUUGUGCAACUUUGAGAUUCAAAUGUUGUCGCCUCAACUCAGCAGCCCGAUUCUCCUCGUGGAUU